UUAAAAAAGCGUUAUAUACGCCACUAUUAUAUACAGUGUGUGUACUGUAGUGUAGUAUUGAAUGCAAUCUAAGUGUUAGUGUAUUAUAAUAUCGAGUGAUGUCAUGUGCGUUAUGACCGGCGACUCAUACCAUACACACACACAUACAGACAGACAGACAGACAGAYACUACCGGAGCCCACAAUAAUUGAYUCAUUUUUUCUUUUUUUGUUGUUAUUGUUUUAGUUGAUCCCAUAAUUAAUUGGUUAAAUAAUAGGAUCCGUUUGACAAAACCGCCAAAUAAUAGUAUAGUCUUUGAUUAAUUGGUUGAUAUCAUUAGUUUCCUGAAGUAUUGACAUCAUUGACGAAGAAGUUGUGGUUGAAAUUGAUUUCACCCGUCAUAUGAACUGCUUUUUGUAUAUUAUUAUUAUUAUCUCUUCUGUUCACUUCACACGUGUGUUCACCACUUAGUCCGUAAACCAUGAGUCUGAAAGACAUCCUAACGAAGACCAUCUCUCCGAAUCAGAUUGAGCUGAAGGCCGCUCAACAAUAUCUGGAGCAACUGUGCCAACAAAAUCUGCCGGAAUUUUUGAAACAAUUAUCGGAGAUCUUAAGCAAUAUUGGAUGCGAACCAUUCAUCAGACAACAGGCGGCACUACAACUGAAGAACCAAUUGACUUCCAAAGAUAUUGAGAUUCAGCGCCAGUUUCAACAACGAUGGUUAGCUUUUCCAGAAGACGUACGCUCUUAUGUCAAGCAAAAUGUGAUCAAUGCGUUGGGAACGGAACAAUCGCGUCCAUCGUCGGCCGCACAAUGCGUGGCCUACAUCGGUGUCGCCGAAUUGCCGCACAAUUUUUGGCCCGAACUGAUACCGAUUCUCACACAGAACGUAACAAAUGCCAACAGCACCGAAAUGAUGAAAGAGUCGACACUGGAAGCCAUUGGCUAUAUUUGUCAGGAAAUAGAUCCCGAAAUACUGGUCGCUCAGUCAAACAAUAUCCUCACCGCUAUUGUUCACGGCAUGCGUCGGGACGAGACAUCCAAUAAUGUGAAGUUAGCCGCCACUACUGCUCUUUGCAAUUCACUUGAGUUUACCAAAGCUAACUUCGACAAAGACACGGAACGACACUUCAUUAUGCAAGUGGUUUGUGAGGGCACACAGUGUCCCGAUAUUAAGGUCAAAGUUUCGGCUCUUCAAUGUUUGGUUAAAAUUAUGUCACUUUAUUACCAACAUAUGGAGCAAUACAUGGGUCCGGCGCUGUUUGCCAUAACAAUGCAGGCGAUGCGCUCCGAACACGACGAGAUUGCACUACAAGGCAUUGAGUUCUGGUCAAACGUUUGCGAUGAAGAAACUGAUUUGUCUAUCGAGGCUACCGAAGCCGCAGAACAGGGUAGGCCACCGACACGUACCUCAAAAUUUUAUGCCAAAGGCGCGCUCCAAUAUCUGGUGCCAAUACUGAUGCAAACGUUGACAAAACAAGAAGAAAGCGAUGAUGAAGACGACUGGAAUCCAUGCAAAGCGGCCGGCGUUUGUUUGAUGCUUAUGUCCGCGUGUACUGAAGAUGCCAUCAUUCCGCAUGUGUUGCCAUUUGUUAAGGACAACAUAUCACACCAGGACUGGCGAUUUAGGGAUGCGGCAGUUAUGGCUUUUGGUUGUAUUUUAGAGGGUCCUGACUGUAGUGCACUGAGACCGCUAGUGGACAGUGCUCUGCCAACGCUGAUCGUUAUGAUGAAGGAUCAGUGCGUUAUAGUAAGAGAUACGGUCGCCUGGACUAUAGGGCGUAUCUGCGAAAUAACACCCGAAAGUGUCCUUAGAGAGAACGUAUUGAAACAAUUGUUAGACGCAUUGCUCGAAGGUUUGCGAUCCGAACCGCGUGUGGCCGCAAACGUUUGCUGGGCAUUCAAUUCGUUAUCCGAAGCGGCCAUCGAGAACGUCCAGGAAACCGAUGGUACCGAACCAAAAACCUAUGGUUUGUCGCCGUAYUUCCAGCUGAUCGUACAAAAACUGUUGGAAUGUACCGAACGUCAAGAUGGAGGACAGGCCAAUCUGAGAUCUGCCGCAUACGAGGCGCUGAUGGAAAUGAUUAAAAACAGUGCAACCGAUUGCUAUCCCAUAGUCCAGAGCACAACAAUGAUUAUAUUGGAACGACUCAAUCACGUUCUGUCACUUGAGAAUCACAUCGACAACAUGCAGGCCGACAGAUCCCAAGUGAAUGAUCUUCAAUCGCUAUUAUGCGCAACACUUCAGUCGGUAUUACGAAAGAUGACACCCGAAGACGCGCCCAGAAUAUCCGAUGCCAUUAUGACUGCAUUGUUGCAAAUGUUUAACGCAAGUGGAAAGUCUGGUGGAGUACAGGAGGACGCACUUAUGGCUGUCGGCACACUUAUCGAGACCUUAGGCGAUGGUUUUCUCAAAUAUAUGGAUGUCUUCCGACCGUUUUUAAUACUCGGUCUCAGAAAUUAUGCCGAAUAUCAAGUCUGUACCGCUGCUGUUGGUCUGGUCGGUGAUAUAUGUCGUUCAAUUAGCGGCAAAAUAUUGCCGUAUUGUGAUGAACUGAUGACCGUUUUGAUUGAAAAUCUAAGCAAUAAUGCCGUACACAGAAGUGUUAAGCCUCAGAUUCUAUCAGUUUUCGGUGACAUUUCACUGGCCAUCGGUACCGAGUUUAAGAAAUAUCUGGACGUUGUUCUCCAGACGCUUAUGCAGGCAACACAAAUACAGGCCGAUCCAAACGAUUUUGAAUUAGUCGAUUACGUCAAUGAGCUCCGGGAGAAUUGUCUCGAGGCGUACACUGGUAUUGUUCAGGGACUCAAAGGCGAUGCUGAAGUACCUAAUCCAGAGGUGCAGCUCAUUUUGCCGCACGUCCCAUACAUGGCUCAGUUUGUCACUCUAGUUGCCAGCGAUGCCGAGAUAACCGAUACAUUAAUAUCUUCGUGCUCAGGUCUUAUCGGUGACCUAUGCGUUGCUUUCGGUAACGUUAUGAUUCAAUUGGUCGACAACGAGCACAUCCAGAUUAUGCUUAAUAGAGGCAAAAAAUCGAAGAAUACCAAAGCCAGAACAUUAACCAUUUGGGCCAUCAAAGAGAUUAAGAAGUUGAAGGGUGUGAUGAACGCUACCCCCGGUCUCUAAUUUGUUGCCACAGAUUAAUCAAAUAAUCUCUACUAAAACACACAGCGAUGAACAUUUGAAGAUAAUUUGUGGCCAAAAAAAAAAUUAAAAAACUUCAACACAACAAACAAAAUCAAUUAUCUCUCGUCAAACAGUUUAUUAUUAAACAAAUUGUUUGGACAAACAAACAAAUAAACAAAACACACAACAAAACUUGCGCUGCGAUUACACCACACAUAUUAAAAAAACAAUAAUUAAAAUACCGCUAGCGAUACAACUGCGCGCCCGAUAAUACUGCUAUAUUUAGCGCCGGUAUGCGAGUGCGAGUGAAUGGUGUGUGAGUGUGUGUGUGUGUGUAUGUAUGUGUGAUACUUGUAUGAUUGAGUGUAUGAGAGUGGGUGAGUGAAUGAAUGAAUGAAUGAAUGACUAUGUAUGAGUGGGUGAGUGAGUGAUAAUAAUUAUUUUUCGUAUGACCCCAACAUUCAAACAGGACAUACAGUGAUAAAUAUUAUAAUAAUAAUAAUAAAACAGAAAACAAUUUACAAAUACAAUACAAAAUCAAUGGACACAAGAAAAAAAUCACAACAAGUUUAUAAUCAGUUUAAUUAUCAUUCCUUAUGUGUCUAAUCAUACCGUAAAUUUAAAAGUAAUAAAUUAAAAAAAUAAUAUUAAUUUUCAAUAAUACAUUAAUAAUAACAAUAA